GUUGUGUUGUGUUGUGUUGAGGAAACUCCCGGGACCAGACAUGUCUGCAGAUUUCUGCUCCGGAGAAUCAUCGCUUGAAAACACAAAGUGAAGCCAAACAAACCAUCAGCAGGAGCCGCGGACCUUUUGGACCAGUCGCCGGUUGUGGGUUCGAAUCCCGAGAAGCUCGUCAUGGCGUUUUUCGUGAAGAAGAAGAAGUUUAAGUUCCAGACGCAUGUGACUCUGGAGCAGCUGACCGCGGUGCCCUUCGUCAACGGGGUCCUCUUCUGCAAACUGCGGCUGCUGGAGGGAGACUUCUCCGCCACCUCCUCCAGACAGGAGGUUCAGGAAAACUGUGUUCGCUGGAGGAAGAGAUUCACGUUCGUGUCGAAGAUGAGCGCCAACCCGCACACGGGCGUCCUGGACCCGUCUGUGUGCAGAGUGUCCGUCAGGAAGGAACUCAAAGGAGGAAAAGCAUACACGAAGCUGGGCUUCACAGACCUCAACAUGGCGGAGUUCGCCGGCUCCGGCUCCACGGUGCGCUGCUGCCUGCUGGAGGGAUACGACACCAAGAACACCCGGCAGGACAACUCCAUACUGAAGGUGAUCAUCGGGAUGACCCUGCUGUCUGGAGAUCCGUGUUUUAAAACGCCUCCCAGCACAGCGAAGUCCAUUUCCAUCUCAGGACGAGAACACACCCUGCAGCUGGACUGCAAGGGGGAGGGAACAGCCGAGCCUGGGCCCACCGGGGGGGUUUCACUGGGCCGCUCGGCCAAGCCUCGACCCUCCAUCGUCAGCUCAGGUCUCCUCGAUGAGUCCGAGGUGAAUCAUCAGUCUGGUUCUGCUGAAGUCUUCCAGUCGGGUCACUCCCGUAACUCCAGCUACGCCAGCCAGCAGAGCCGGAUCUCAGGCUACAGCACGGAGCACUCCUGCUCCUCCAGCCUGUCGGACCUCACCCAUCGCAGGAACACCUCCACCGGGAGCAGCACCUCCGGGUGCCUGGGCUUCACCCCCGACACGCCCACAGAGGGCGACAGGGACGCCGGACGUCCUGAGAGACCCCCCCGACCCCCGCGGCCCCUCCUACCCCUCAACCGGCCCUCCAGGAGGAAGCAGGACUCGGUGGAGACUCACCCUUCUUGGGUCAAUGACACUCGAAUGGAUGCUGACGACAUUGUGGAGAAAAUCGUCCAAAGCCAAAACUUUGCAGAUGUCAACAACACUGAAGACAGUAACCUGCGUCUGUUCGUGAACCGAGACGGAACCACGGCGCUCAGCAACAUCAGGCUCGGGAACAGGGUGUCGGCCGGCGGCUACGAGCCCGUGGUCAUCGAGAGCCACUAAACCCCGAGCGGCAGGAAGAAGGCGGAGGACGACCCGUGGGAAUCGUCCCGUCUUUCUCCGUCGCUGGUCGUCCCCGGAGCUCCAGCUGGUCUGGACGCCUCGAAGGGACGGACCUCGUCAGUUUGCACUUUAUGUGAAAUGCGCGGCAGCACUUGCCUCCACUCCGUUCAGCCGUGUUUGUGAUGCUCAGAGUCCAAACAUCUCUCUAGAAACUUGUUUGUGGCGUCUUCACCUGAUUCUUGUGAUCACGCCAUCGUUUCAUUUGACCUUUAAAGUGUUUUUAGAUACAGACGCCAAAACCAUCCAUGUGUCCCCUGGUCCUUGUUCUGACUGGUGCUUCAUGCUAACGCUUCAAUUUACCUUUGUUAAAAAGUCGAAAGUGUGAAAGAGAGUUCAUGUAACUCAAAUGAGCCAAUUUCUCAAAUUUAACCAGAUCCAGGUUAGAGGAGAAAUCUGGUUACAACCCGGUUCCUCUGAGCAACAUGCAGAGUCCCGAAAGCUAAAUGUUUGUGUUUCUUUUCCAGUUGUGAGCGGCUCCUGCAUUUCCUUUCUUCCUCUUUGUAUUUUUAACUCUGUGACUUCAGCAGUGUUAAAUCUCCACAGACUGAAAAGCUGCUCGGAAUCACUGUCCAGUACGGAUUCUGGAAGUGGGAACUAAACAGUUGUUUGUGUUUCUUCCCCUUAAAACACAUUUAGGCCUAAAUGUAAAAUGAGUAAUUUCAGUGACGGCACAUUUCAUUCUUCAAUCAUUUGUUUUUAUUUCAGGUUUGAGUUUUCUUUGGCACUUUGUCCUUAUUCUAGAAAACUUA